CCUUUGAUAAUAUAGGUCAACGUGGUUUGAAUCAAUGCGACGUUCAAGCAGCUUAUAGUUAAAUUAGAAGUAAAUAUACUUUAUAAUAUGUCUGUAUUCAGCAGGAGCUCGUUUGUGUUGUCUGUCUUUCGCUGUGUUAGAAGACAGCAGUUUUCCUGCUUGGAGUCUUUAGAUUAUAUUAGAAGUGCGCAAUCCGCAGCAGCACGAACCCGAUGUAGUCAUUCAUGGUCAGCGAGGUGUUUAACAAACUAUAACACCAAACAUAUAUGGACGUCAUACCAACGAGAUCUUUCUUCUGAGGUACCGUCUAAAGAAGAUGAGUACCCACCUUUACCAGAAUACAGUCCCGAUGUAGAGACCCAGACCCAGGCUAAAGAAGUGUUCAUCAUCCGUGCCAAGGGUCUUCCUUGGUCAUGUACUUCAGAAGACAUAAUGAGCUUCUUUUCUGAGUGUCGGAUCCGUGGUGGAGUUCAAGGAGUCCAUAUUAUAAACAACAGGAACGGCAGGCCGACUGGACAGGCCUUCAUUGAGUUAGAGCACGAGGAGGAUGUGGGCAAAGCAUUAGACCAGCACAAACAAUACCUAGGGCAGCGCUAUAUUGAAGUGUAUGAGGUCACAAACAAGGAUGCCGAUGCCAUAUUAAAGGCCACAGAAGAAAGUUCAGAGUCAGAUGGAGUGAUCCGACUCCGAGGGCUUCCCUUCAGCUGCACGGAAAAAGAUGUCAUUCAGUUUUUCGCUGGGUUAGAGAUCGUGGAAGAUGGAGUUACAAUAAUCUCAAAUAAGAAAGGCAGGAACUCGGGGGAUGCUUUUGUGCAGUUCGCCACGAAGGAAAUGGCAGACAAGGCCCUAGAGAGAGACCGAGAGGUCAUGGGAAACAGGUACAUCGAGAUCUUCCGCAGCAGAAAAAGUGAGAUCCAGGCACAGAAUGGAAGAGGGCGAAAUGUGACUUCAGAAAACACAGCAAGUGCCGGGCACACAUUCACAUCGCACAAGGCGAGAACUGCAAACCCACUGUCAACAACACAUCAAAGUUCCUCUAAACCUGAUAAUCUCAUUCACAUGAGAGGUUUACCCUACGGAUGUACAGCAGAUGACAUUGUAAAUUUUUUCUCUCCUAUCAGAAUGGACAAAGUUCUUAUAGAGUAUGGUCCUGGUGGACGCCCCACUGGUGAGGCAGAGGCCUAUUUUACAACACAUCAGGAUGCAGUAGCAGCCAUGUCCAAAGACAGAGAGUACAUAAUGGAGCGAUACAUUGAGUUGUUUCUGAAUUCUCCACCAACUAAGGAAGAAUAAGACCAAAGUGAACUUAUUUUAAACUGUCCUGUAACAUUUGUGUGAUGAUUCAACAUUAAAAAAAUGUUAUUAAA